AUGGCCAAGGACAAGAAGAAGCGUCGGCGCAAUGACAAAGCUGAGGUGCACUUUGAUGUGGAUGCGACGCAUCUGGAGAAGGAGAGUUGGCUGGACGGUGCUCAGCCGCUCCAAUCGAUCGUCUUCAACUUCCCGCAUCUUGGAGGAGCGACGGAAGAAGACGUGGCCAACAAUCAGAAGCUCUUGAGAGACUUCUUCUACUCGACGCGCCGAUACCUGCAUCCUACGCAUGGACAAGCGCUCGUCUCACUGCGUAACACUCUGUUUUACAACCGCUGGAAAAUUCAGGAGCAGGCUGCAGCGAGUGGAUUUAAGUUGAAACGCACGGAGGUAUUCGACGCGAGCAUCUACUCUGGCUAUGAGCCUCAACGCACGCACCCAGCAUCGUUCCGAGGUGAACCGCCUUCUACUACUGGAGCUCAUUAUUUCAUCUUCGCACUGGACAAGAGCGUUCAAGUCGUUGACCCACGCCAGCGAGUACCCCAAGAUCUCAAGGCAAACGAACUCGUUUGUGGCAGUGCAGUGAAGAAGCAACAGGAACAAGCGAAGAAGAAGACGACCCCACCAACAAAGAUGAGCUGCCAGCCAUGUGGCCUCACAUUCCGCGACGUCAAGAAGUACAACGGUCACAUGAACUCUGCCAAACACGCCAAGAAGGUCAAGGCACUUAAGAAGAAAAAACACUAG